UAAACUGUUCCAUCUACCGAAGGAAAUUUUAAUUAGGCGAUCUAUGGCCUUGUUCUUAUCUGGUUUUUGAUCAUUAUUUUUGACGUUUAUUAAAUAAUUCCCACGUGCUCGGACUUCGAUUGCAAUUUCGUGUUGUUAAUGUUUCAUUUUAAGUGAAAGUUUUAAACUAAUUAGAAUGUCUGUUUACCUUAAAUUCAAUUUAUGAUAUUUCCCGUAAAAGUACCAUGGAAUUGCAGGAGGAGACGAGUCAAAAUCGUCACUUAGCCUCAUUUUUGGGCGGUGGAGUUGCCGGGCUAACAGUGGACGUCGUUUUAUUCCCAUUAGAUACUUUAAAAACCAGAUUACAAGCCGAGCAGGGUUUUAAAAAAGCUGGAGGAUUUAAAGGAAUAUACAAAGGCAUAGGACCCCAAGCUAUAGCAAGCGCACCACAAGCUGCCUUAUUUUUCCUCACUUAUGAAUCGAUCAAGCACCAUUCCCAAGGGGUCGUCUCUCCUAACGCGAUGCCCUUCGUGCACAUGUUUGCGGGAGGUGUUUCGGAAAUAGUGGCGUGUUUGGUGAGGGUUCCGAUGGAGGUGGUGAAGCAAAGGAGGCAAACCCAAACGGGCAACAAGUCCUCUUGGAGGAUAGCGAUGUCUGCGUAUAAACACGAAGGCGUGAAGGGUUUAUACAGGGGCUACGGUUCGACGAUUUUAAGGGAAAUACCGUUUUCGCUGGUGCAAUUCCCCAUCUUGGAGUACCUGAAGCAAUCGUACAGGGACAAUUUCAAGAACAACAUUCCCUUGGAGUCGUGGGAGGUGGCCAUUUGCGGUUCGAUUGCCGGUGGAAUCGCCGCGGCCGUGACGACUCCGCUCGAUGUGGCGAAAACUCGAAUAAUGCUAGCCGAUAGAGAGAAAGUGAGAACCGGCGUUAUGACUGUUAGAAAUACGCUGAAGCAGAUUUAUCGGAAAGAAGGCUUUCGGGGUUUAUUCGCUGGAUUUACACCGAGGGUGAUGUGGAUAACGAUAGGAGGAUAUGUAUUUUUCGGCAGCUACGAUUUUACUAGGAAUUUGUGCAUUCAAUUAAGCGAUAAAAACGAUUGAUAA